AUGGAUGGUACUAUAGAUGAAUUAAAAGGUUUUGAAAAUCAUGUUGCAACUAUUGCUGGUUAUUGGCUUGAUAUGUUAUAUUCACAUGCAAAAGAUAUAUCAGAUAAAGAAUUAUUUAAAUUAAUAUCAGAACGAAGAACUAUGUCAAGGAUGUUAUCAGAUUAUGGAGAACAAAAAUCAACAUCAAUUUCGACAGCUAAAAGACUUGCUGAAUUUCUUGGUGAAGAUAUUAUUAAAGAUAAAGGUCUUUAUUGUCGUUUUGUUAUAGCUAAUGUACCACGUGAUGCACCUAUUACUGAACGUACUAUUCCAUUAGCUAUAUUUCAAUGA